CAAAUGAAUACCGCUUGUUAACCACCGCAGGCUCACUUGAUAACUCAGUUAUCUGCUAGCAGAUAACUGAAGUUUGCGUGAUUGUGCGAUUUAUCUGUCAACUAUUAGGCAAUCAAAUUGCUUUUACUACUAUAAUGUAUAAUAAUAAAAAUUAUAGGCAUGAAAAGAAAGGAUUCCACAACGAUCUACACGCAUGCAACUGCCAAUAUAUCCGGUGAGCGAUGAAUGUCACAACUGAUGACAUGGCCUCUUCGCUGGAAGUCGUUGUAAAUAAUCUGACAUUUGGCGUAUUCAACAUUGUUCUGUCGAUUGCCACAAUAUGUCUCAAUUUCACAACGAUUUUCGCUUACAUCAAGUCAAAGGUUCUAAAAGACAAGCUGGCAUAUUUGAUGAUUAUGAUGCUGUCAGUUAACGACUUUUUGGUGGGCUUAGUAUCCAAUGUGCUUUUUGCAGUGGUAUUGUUGGAACAGUAUAGUUCAAGGAAGAUUGCACCCCAUUUAAGCACAAUCCACUUUUGUUUUCUGGUUUUCUUUUCGGGAUGUUCUUUAAAAACUUUGGUUGUCAUGAGUUGGGAACGCUAUGCGGCGAUAUGUCAUCCACUGUUUCAUCGAACAAAAGUCACUCGGAAACGACUAAUGAAAUGUGUGAUUCUUCUCUGGUUGGCAGCACUCAUUAGUACAAUUCUAUCCAAGCGUUUUCAAGCUUUUUUCGAAUAUUACAUUAUCCCGGAACGCCUGGUCUUCAUCAUUCUCUUAAUGUACUUUUACGUCAGAAUUUAUCUUGCCAAUUUAUAUUCCUCCAAAAAUAUUCGUUCGAAAAAUAGAAUCAAUCAGGGCUCCGAUUUAGCUUUGUGGAACGGUCGGCGACGUAAGGUCAUGAUGAAUGUCAACCUGGCGAAGUCUUGCUUUUUGGCCGUGAUAUCCUUUGUUAUUUGUUAUUUACCAUCUACAAUAGCUAUGAUGAUAAAGGAAAAAUGUGGAAAAGAAAUGCAAAUAAUGGUUGAAGUUUGGGCCACAACGCUUAUUCUACUUAAUUCGAGUCUAAACUCGAUUGUAUUUUUCUGGAGAAGUAAACCUUUAAGAAAAGAAGUUUUUGCUGUUAUCAGUUCCAUAUUUCGGAAAAAAGAAAGGGGGGAAGUCGAUGCGGGCAGUAAAAAUAGCACAAACGUUUGCACAAGUGCCUCAUAAAAAGAA